UAGCGUAAUAUUCUUUCUAUUCUAUUCCUUCUAGAAACCAUUAAAUUCUCUAAGCCUGAGUCCGACUUGACUACCACCACCACGCUGCAUGUACAAGAUGAAGUACCAAAAGGUAUCUUUCUUUGCACUAUUGUGCUCUUUAUAUGUCCAAAAUUGUGUGGCCGAUAAUGAAAUUGAAAAUGAACCUUUAGUUUUUAAGCCUACUGAGGUGAAAGGUCCUGUGGUCGAACAAUUCUUAGGAGACUGGACUGAACGUUGGAUUCCUUCUCAUGCUAAACGCUUUGUAAAUGGUGUAGAAGAAAUGAGUUAUGUUGGUGAAUGGGCAGUUGAGGAAGGAACAUCACCCGGUGCUGUUACUGGUGAGCAGGGAUUGGUUAUGAAGGAUGAGGCAGCUCACCACGCCAUCUCUUAUGAAUUUGACGAGCCUGUAAACGAUUAUGAAAAAGAUUUAGUUGUCCAAUACGAAGUUAACGCUCAAGAUGGAUUAAACUGUGGUGGUGCCUAUCUGAAGCUUUUGGCUGAACGCCCUAAUGGUGAAAUGUCUAAUGCCGUUCCUUACAGAGUUAUGUUUGGUCCUGAUAAAUGUGGUAUCAACGAUCGUGUCCACUUCAUUUUCAAACAUGAAAACCCCAUCUCUCAUGUGGUUUCUGAAAAGCACUUGGAUAGUAAGCCUGCUUCUCAUCUCAAACCUGGGAUCACUAAUCUAUACACUCUUGUUGUCCAUCCUGAUCAAACUUACGAAGUCCGUAUCAAUGGUAAUAUACUUCGUUCUGGCUCGUUGUUCACCGACUUUCUUCCCCCUGUACUGCCUCCUUUAGAGAUCUAUGAUCCUGAAGACCUUAAGCCUCAGGACUGGGUAGAUGAAGCUGAAAUUCCUGACCCCAAUGCUGUUAAGCCUGAUGACUGGGAUGAAGAUGCUCCUCGUAUGAUUCACGACCCUGAUGCAUUGCAACCCGAGGAUUGGCUUGCGGAUGAGCCUCUUUACAUUCCAGAUCCUAAAGCCGAGAAGCCUGAAGAUUGGAAUGACGAAGAAGAUGGUGAUUGGGUUCCUCCUGAGGUUCCUAACCCUAAGUGUCUUGAAGUCUCUGGUUGUGGAGAAUGGAAGGCUCCCAUGAUCCGUAAUCCUAACUUCCGCGGUCCUUGGACUCCUCCUAUGAUUCCUAACCCUGAUUAUAUUGGUGAAUGGAUCCCACGCAAGAUUCCAAAUCCCGAGUACUUUGACGACGAACAUCCAUCUCAUUUCGGCCCCAUUUAUGGCAUUGGCUUUGAACUCUGGACUAUGCAACCUAAUAUUCGUUUUUCUAAUAUUUACCUUGGUCAUUCCAUCGAAGAUGCUGAACGCUUGGGUAAUGAAACCUUUAUUCCCAAAUCGAAGGUUGAGCAAUCUUUGUUGGUCAAGCAAAAAUCAGAAAAUAAGCCAUCUAUGCAUGCCGAUGAAGAAGAAAAUAAGUACUUGACCCUUUUCCUUGAUGCCUAUGACACUAUUAAAGCCAAGCUUCCCCCAUCGAUUACGGAUCAACUCGACCCUUAUGUUGCUACUAUUGCUCAAUCUCCUGAAAUUGCAAUAGCUAUUUUCGCUGUCGCUUCCUCAGUUAUUGCUGUUGUUAUCACUUGCUUUUACUACUUUUCAUCCUCAUCCUCUUCUUCUCCUGCUCCUCUCUCUGCAGGCGUCACCGAAGCUGAAAAGGAACAGCAAGCAAAAUUUAGACAAGAAGAUGAGAAUGAUAAUAUUGACGUUUCUUAUGCUCCUGAAUUAGAGUCCACUCCCAAGAGUGAGGACGUCAAUGCUGAAUAAGAUGUUUAUCGACGAAUCUUUUUGAAUGUUCAGUUUACGCUUGAAUAACGUUACAAAUAUAUAGUAUCUUAAGAUUUAAUAAUUGAAAAAAUCGUUUGCCUAAAUUUUGUCUAUACUAAUUACAUAUUUAGUUUGAUAAUGAUGGAAUAGGUUGUAAUUAAUUUAAGCCC